ACUUCAAGGGUGGGGUUCGCUUCAAAAGAUGAAGCAGUAGGGUUUUAUUCCUCUCAAGAUCUUCACUUUCUGCCACUAAGCUCUGUAAAAAUGGAGGACUCUCUCCUCCUUCCCUCUCAAAAUCCUAAACCCCGACGAAUCCCCAAGCGCUUUAUCAAGAACCAAAUCCCAGAGUCCAUCACUAACAACCCUUCCCUCAACGUCGCCAUCUCUCUCCUCCCUUCCAAUUACAACUUCGAAGUCCACAAAUGCGUAUGGCGAAUCCUCUCCUCAAGUGCUAAACGUGUCGCUCUCCAAUUCCCUGAAGGUCUCCUCAUGUAUUCCCUCGUUCUCUCCGAUAUCUUCAAGACCUUCGCCGAUGUCGACGACUGUUUCGUCCUGGGCGAUGUCACUUACGGGGCUUGCUGCGUCGAUGAUUUCUCCGCCACCGCCCUCAACGCGGAUCUCCUCAUUCAUUACGGCCAUAGCUGCUUGAUCCCUAUCGAUGCCACCAAGGUCCCCUGUCUUUAUGUUUUCGUUGAAAUCAAGAUCGAUGUAGACCGCCUUGUUGACACAGUUCGAUUGAAUAUCGAUUCUGUGAAGACCAAGAAGAUUGCGCUGGCUGGGACAAUACAAUUCGCCGCUGCGAUUCGGGCUGCGAAGCCUUCGUUGGAGAGUGCAGGAUUUGAGGUAUUGGUUCCACAGUCGAAACCCUUGUCUGCCGGUGAAGUUCUUGGUUGUACGGCUCCCACACUGCCGAAUGGUUCGGUUGACAUGGUUGUCUUUGUCGCUGAUGGGAGAUUUCAUCUUGAAGCGUUUAUGAUUGCGAAUCCUGCAAUUAGAGCUUUUAGGUAUGAUCCUUAUCUUGGGGUUUUGUUCUUGGAGGAGUAUGACCAUGGGGGUAUGAAGGAUGUGAGGAGAAAUGCGAUUUUGAGGGCGAGGGAGGCGAGGAGUUGGGGGAUUGUUCUUGGGACAUUGGGAAGACAGGGGAAUUCUAAAAUUCUGGAGCGGUUGCAGAAAAGGAUGAGAGAGAAGGGUUUUGAUUGGACGGUUAUUUUGAUGUCGGAAUUAUCGCCUGCAAGGAUUGCUCUGUUUGGAGAGUCUGUGGAUGCUUGGAUUCAGAUUGCUUGUCCUCGGCUGUCUAUUGAUUGGGGUGAGGCCUUUGAGAAGCCUCUUUUAACCCCAUUUGAGGCAGAGAUUGCUCUUGGGUUUAUUUAUGGUUGGUGGGAAAGAACACCUGUGACCUUGAAGUCCAGCUUGAAUUGCAGUGAUGGUUUACCCUGUGAGAAGAAUGAAUCUUGCUGCGGGUAUAACAAUGGGGAAGUGAGGGCUACAGGAGAUGUGGCUACGGAUUAUCCGAUGGACUAUUAUGCUCAGGAUGGAGGGGAAUGGAAUUGCUCAUACUCUAAGAAGUCAUCUCAUCCUCCACGAAGAAAUCUUCGCUCUUGUUGUGGUAAUGGUGACACCUCUUGUAAUGGUAACAAUUGAAGCAUCAAUAUCAUUAACAUGCUAGGACCUUAUAUUUAGAUGGAUACAGGAAAAAAAAAAUGCAUUUUAGAGGGCGUGGCAUUCUCUUUUGUAUGUAUUUUACCGUCAAUUUUAUAAAAUGAGUUUCUGAUUUGGAUUA